GGAUGGUGUUAAAAGACAGAUAAGCGCGCAGGGCACAAACUUCCAAAGCAAGAAGAAGGAGAAGAAGAAGAAGAAGAAUGGCGACGACGACGACGUUUUCACAGGGGUAUCAUCAACAGCAUCAUCAGCCAACUACAGUUGAGGAGGUCAGAACACUUUGGAUUGGGGAUUUGCAGUAUUGGGUCGACGAAACCUACCUCAAUUCCUGCUUCGCUCACACCGGCGAGGUUAUUUCGAUUAAGAUUAUACGCAACAAAAUCACUGGCCAGCCUGAGGGAUAUGGAUUUGUGGAGUUUGUUUCUCAUGCAGCGGCAGAAAGGAUUUUGCAGACAUACAAUGGGACACAAAUGCCUGGUACUGAACAAACUUUCAGGUUAAACUGGGCUUCUUUUGGUAUUGGGGAGCGACGUCCUGAUGCUGGGCCUGAGCACUCCAUUUUUGUUGGGGACUUAGCACCUGAUGUGACAGAUUAUCUGUUGCAAGAAACCUUUCGAGCCCAAUAUCCGUCAGUUAGAGGUGCAAAGGUUGUGACCGAUCCAAACACAGGACGUUCAAAAGGAUAUGGGUUUGUUAAAUUUUCUGAUGAGACAGAGAGGAACCGUGCUAUGACUGAAAUGAAUGGUGUCUAUUGCUCAACAAGACCAAUGCGUAUUAGUGCAGCAACACCGAAGAAGACCACUGGUUUUCAACAACAGUAUGCUGCUGCUAAAGCUAUAUAUCCUGUUCCAGCGUAUACUACACCAGCAGUGCCUGUGCUUCCAGUAGAUUAUGAUAUAAACAAUACUACUAUUUUUGUUGGUAACUUGGAUCCUAGUGUCACAGAAGAAGAGCUAAAGCAAACCUUUUUGCAGUUUGGAGAGAUCGUUUAUGUUAAAAUUCCUGUGGGCAAAGGAUGUGGUUUUGUACAGUUUGGGACAAGGGCAUCAGCUGAAGAAGCGAUUCAAAGGAUGCAAGGAAAGAUGAUUGGUCAACAGAUAGUCCGCAUUUCUUGGGGUAGAAGCCCGACAACUAAACAGGAUGUAUCUGGUAACUGGAUUCAGCAGGUUGAUCCAAAUCAAUGGUCCACCUAUUAUGGUUAUGGACAAGGAUACGAUGCCUAUGCAUAUGGGGCUACUCAAGAUCCAUCAUUAUAUGCAUAUGGUGCAUAUGCUGGUUAUACCCAGUACCCUCAACAGGUUGAAGGUGUUCAAGAUAUGGCAGCUAUGGUAGGUAGUGGCUCAGCUGUAGAAUUGAGGGAGGAGUUGGAGGAUCCCUUAGCUACACCUGAUGUGGAUAAGUUAAAUGCUGCCUACAUUGCUGUUCAUGGAAGCACUAUUUUAGGCCGUCCGUUAUGGCUGAGAACAUCAUCAUUCCCACAGCAAGCUUAGUGUGGCGAGAAAACAUACAGAGAGAACAACAGCAGCUACAUUCGGCACAGUUGAAAGUGGAAAAACAAUAUAAUGGCGAUGAAGCGCAUGCACUUUCAACAUUGUUCUUCAGAGGUUUAACCCGUAGAUUUUUAAUGUUUAACACUUCAUGUAAUUGGCCAAGUUUUGUUUCACUGGUGGAUUCAAAUUAGCUUUUUCAUAAAAUUUUUAGUUUUGAACAACAAUAACUAAUAAUCAUCAUGUUAGUUGGUAGUCUUAUUUGAAAUUAUUACUAGGGACAAAAAAAAUGAGAUCCUCAAUGGUCAAUUGUCAUUUAAGAGCAUUUCUAAUGGCAUGCCCAAGCUAAAUUUCAGCGUUGGUCUCCCAUUUGGUGUCUUCAAUAAGGACGCUCCCACAACAAUAAAGCUUAUGGGGUCUAUAACCAUUUAUUGUUUUGAUUAUUAUAAUUUGUGAAAAUUUCAUCUA